AUGGCAUGGCAUCCAUCUGGCAACAUCAUUGCUACUGGUGGUGAAGAUGGUUACGUGCGCGUUCAAGAAUUUGAUGAUGACUACCUUGAGUUCAAAUACGAUUAUUGA